CACUGGUUAGCUGAUGCGGCGCUGUCAGGGCCUUGCAUCACCUCCAGACUCCUGGCAGAGGCGUGCACGCGGUUUCUUGUGAGGCGCGCCGGCCCGGGGACCCCUCAGCAGCAUAAUGGUUCAACAAGUUCCAGAAAACAUCAAUUUUCCUGCCGAAGAAGAGAAAACCUUGCAGUUCUGGUUCAAAUUUAACUGUUUUCAAGAAUGCAUAAAGCAAUCAAAACAUAGGCCUAGAUUUACCUUCUAUGAUGGCCCUCCUUUUGCAACUGGACUGCCUCACUAUGGACAUAUACUUGCAGGGACAAUUAAAGACAUUGUUACAAGAUAUGCUCACCAGAGUGGGUUUCACGUUGACAGAAGAUUUGGAUGGGAUUGUCAUGGCUUACCUGUGGAAUAUGAAAUUGAUAAGACUCUGGGAAUCAGAGGACCAGAGGAUGUAACCAAAAUGGGGAUUGUGGAGUAUAACAAUCAAUGCCGAGCAAUUGUGAUGAGAUAUUCUACUGAGUGGAAGUCUACUGUUACCAGACUUGGUCGAUGGAUUGACUUUGACAAUGACUAUAAAACUCUGUAUCCUCAAUUCAUGGAAUCUGUCUGGUGGGUCUUCAAGCAACUCUAUGAUAAAGGCCUUAUUUAUAGAGGUGUGAAAGUCAUGCCUUUCUCUACGGCGUGCAACACUCCACUUUCCAAUUUCGAAUCUCACCAGAAUUACAAGGAUGUUCAAGAUCCUUCAGUAUUUGUAACUUUCCCUUUGGAGGAAGAUGAAAAUACAUCUUUGGUUGCUUGGACAACUACUCCCUGGACCCUACCUAGUAACCUUGCCCUGUGUGUUAAUCCAGAUAUGCAAUAUGUGACAAUUAAAGAUGCUGUCAGAGGAAAAUUAUUCAUUUUAAUGGAAGCCAGAUUAUCAGCCCUCUAUAAAUUGGAGAGUGACUAUGAGAUCCUUGAAAGAUUUCCUGGUGCCUCUCUCAAAGGCAAAAAAUACAGGCCCCUGUUUGACUACUUUUUGAAGUGUAAAGAGAAUGGUGCUUUUACUGUGCUUGUUGACAACUACGUGAAGGAGGAAGAAGGCACCGGGGUUGUACACCAAGCUCCUUACUUCGGUGCUGAUGACUAUCGGGUCUGUAUGGACUUCAAUGUCAUUCAGAAAGACUCUGUCCCUGUUUGCCCUGUGGAUGCUUCAGGCUGUUUCACAGCCGAAGUGACAGAUUUCGUGGGACAAUAUGUGAAGGACGCUGACAAAAAUAUCAUCAGGACCCUGAAGGAACAAGGCCGACUUCUUGUUGCCACCACCUUCACUCACAACUACCCUUUCUGCUGGAGGUCUGACACCCCCCUCAUUUACAAGGCAGUGCCCAGCUGGUUCGUGCGGGUGGAGCACAUGGUAGGCCAGCUGCUGAGGAACAAUGACCAGUGCUACUGGGUCCCAGAGUUUGUGCGAGAAAAGCGAUUUGGAAAUUGGCUGAAAGAUGCACAUGACUGGGCAAUUUCUAGAAACAGAUACUGGGGCACCCCUAUCCCGCUGUGGGUCAGCGAGGACUUCGAAGAGGUGGUAUGCGUUGGGUCAACAGCAGAACUUGAAGAACUGUCGGGAGCAAAGGUCUCAGAUCUCCACAGAGAGAGCAUCGACCAUCUGACUAUUCCUUCACGUUGUGGGAAGGGAUCGUUGCAUCGUAUCUCUGAAGUGUUUGACUGUUGGUUCGAGAGUGGCAGCAUGCCCUAUGCUCAAGUUCAUUAUCCAUUUGAAAACAAGAGGGAGUUUGAGGAGGCGUUUCCUGCAGACUUCAUUGCUGAAGGCAUUGACCAAACCAGAGGAUGGUUUUACACCCUGCUUGUGCUCUCCACAGCUCUGUUUGGACAGCCGCCUUUCAGGAACGUGAUUGUGAACGGGCUCGUCCUCGCGAGUGACGGCCAAAAAAUGAGCAAACGAAAAAAGAAUUAUCCAGAUCCACUUUCAAUCAUCCAUAAAUAUGGUGCUGAUGCCCUCAGAUUAUAUCUGAUUAACUCCCCGGUAGUGAGAGCAGAAAACCUCCGUUUUAAGGAGGAGGGUGUGCGCGACGUCCUGAAGGACGUGCUGCUCCCCUGGUACAACGCCUAUCGCUUCUUCAUCCAGAACAUCCUGAGGCUGCAGAAGGAGGAAGAAAUGGAAUUCCUCUACAAUGAGAACACAGUUAAAGAAAGUGCCAACAUCACAGACCGAUGGGUCCUGUCCUUCAUGCAGUCGCUAAUUGGAUUCUUUAAGACCGAAAUGACAGCUUACAGGCUCUAUACUGUGGUGCCUCGCCUCGUCAAGUUUGUGGAUGUUCUGACCAAUUGGUAUGUCAGAAUGAACCGCAGAAGAUUAAAGGGUGAAAAUGGGAUGGAGGAUUGUGUUAUGGCCCUGGAGACCUUGUUUAGUGUACUGUUCUCUCUGUGCAGACUUAUGGCACCUUAUACACCUUUUCUUACUGAAUUGAUGUACCAGAAUCUAAAAGUGCUGAUCGACCCGGUUUCUGUCCAGAACAAGGACACACUCAGCAUCCACUACCUCAUGCUGCCCCAUGUUCGAGAGGAACUGAUUGACAAGAAAACUGAGAGUUCAGUAUCUCGAAUGCAGUCUGUGAUUGAACUUGGGCGAGUGAUUCGAGACCGCAAAACUCUUCCAAUAAAGUAUCCUUUGAAAGAAAUUGUGGUUAUCCAUCAAGAUCCAGAAGCUCUUAAUGAUAUCAGGUCUUUGGAGAAGUAUAUCAUUGAGGAAUUAAAUGUUCGAAAAGUUACACUGUCUACAGAUAAAACUAAGUAUGGUAUUCGCCUAAGGGCAGAACCGGAUCACAUGGUCUUGGGGAAGCGUCUGAAGGGAGCCUUCAAGGCGGUGAUGGCAUGCGUCAAGCAGCUGACCAGUGAGGAGCUGGAGCAGUUCCAGAAGAGUGGGACCAUUGUUGUGGGAGGCCAUGAAUUGCAUGAGGAAGACAUUCGUCUCAUGUACACCUUUGAUCAGGCACCAGAUGGGAUGGUGCAGUUUGAAGCACAUUCGGAUGCUCAGGUUUUGGUUCUCUUAGAUGUCAGCCCUGAUCAGUCAAUGGUGGAUGAAGGGAUGGCUCGGGAAGUCAUCAAUCGCAUCCAGAAACUUCGCAAAAAGUGCAAUGUGGUUCCAACUGAUGAAAUAAUAGUUUAUUACACAGCAAAGUCUGAAGGAAAGUAUCUAAAUACCAUUAUUGAAAGCCACACGGAGUUCAUAUGUGCCACCAUAAAAGCUCCCUUGAAACCAUAUCCAGUUCCUCCAUCAGAUAAAAUCCUUAUUCAAGAAAAAAUGCAGUUAAAGGGGUCUGACCUGGAAAUUACACUCACCAGAGGAUCAUCCGAGCCUGGCCCUGCUUGUGCAUAUGUCAAUCUUAACAUUUGUACACAUGGCAGUGAACAAGGUAAGAGUGCGUGAAUUCCAUGGUUUGUACUCUAUU